GCGGCCGGCCCGGAAGUAGAGCUACGGCGGUGAGGCAAGAUGGUGGCAACCAAGAGGAAACGGCGUGGGGAUUUGGCGGUUCAGGCGAAGAAGCCAAAAAGAAACGAAAAAGAUGCCAAAUCUUUAUCUAAGUCGCCCGUCAAGGCAGAAGAGGUGGAGGAAGAAGAGAAAGACCGUAUCCCAGGUCCCGUUUGCAAGGGCAAAUGGAAGAAUAAGGAACGGAUUCUCAUUUUUUCUUCUAGAGGAAUAAAUUUCAGAACAAGACAUUUAAUGCAGGACUUGAGAAUGUUGAUGCCUCAUUCUAAAGCAGAUACUAAAAUGGAUCGUAAAGAUAAGUUAUUUGUGAUUAACGAGGUCUGUGAAAUGAAAAACUGCAAUAAAUGCAUCUAUUUUGAAGCUAAGAAAAAACAGGAUCUCUAUAUGUGGCUUUCAAAUUCACCUCAUGGGCCAUCUGCCAAAUUCCUUGUUCAAAACAUUCAUACCCUGGCUGAAUUAAAGCUGACAGGAAAUUGUUUGAAAGGUUCUCGGCCCCUUUUGUCUUUUGACCCGGCUUUCGAUGAAUUGUCACACUAUUCAUUGUUAAAAGAACUCUUAAUUCAGAUUUUUAGUACACCCAGAUAUCAUCCCAAAAGCCAACCAUUUGUGGACCAUGUGUUUACUUUCACCAUUUUGGAUAACAGAAUAUGGUUUCGGAACUUUCAGAUCAUAGAAGAAGAUGCUGCUCUUGUAGAAAUAGGACCUCGUUUUGUCUUGAAUCUUAUAAAGAUUUUUCAAGGAAGUUUUGGAGGACCAACUUUAUAUGAAAAUCCUCACUACCAGUCACCAAACAUGCAUCGGCGUAUCAUAAGAUCUAUCACAGCUGCAAAAUACAAAGAGAAACAGCAAGUGAAAGAUGUGCAGAAACUGCGAAAGAAAGAGCCAAAGACUAUUCUUCCACAUGAUCCCACUGAAGAUGUUUUUGUUACACCAGCUGAGAAAAAACCAAUAGAAAUACAGUGGGUAAAACCAGAGCCAAAAGUCGAUUUGAAAGCAAGAAAAAAAAGGAUUUACAAAAGGCAAAGAAAAAUGAACCAGAAGGUGAACAGUGGGAAUGCAAAAUGAAUCAAUGGAUAAAGAUUUGUUUUUCAGUUGUUGUGUAUUUAUUUUGUAUUGAGUAUGUAAAUACUUUUAUCUAGGACUACCUUUUGUCUAAUUAGUGUACCAUUUAAAAGAAAAAAAUCUUAAAAAUCAGUGAUGCUUAUCAUUUUCCAAAUAAAAUAUCACCAGAACUCAUCAGUUAA